GGAGCGGGCUCACACACACGCACAGGAGACAGGAUCAUGUAGCGGGUUCCGUUAUCGCUGAUUUAUUGUAUUUAACGCUGGACGGCCCGUUUGAUGAGGAUCUGAUGGAGGGAGCCGCUGCGACAAUGCCCGGGGCCGGAGGAUGCGCUGCGCUGACGGAGGACGCAGACGCGGUGGUCGGUGCGGGAUGCGGGAUGGACGCUGGAGAUCUCGUGAUUUGGUGGCUGCACAAUGGAGUGACCCUGGUUUGCAAUCGCUGUUUGAUGUUGUUCUGCCGCCCGGGGAUGUGGAGAGUGCUGUGAACGCUGUUAAGAAGACCUACUUAACCGAGAUGCCUUCUUCCUCCUGUCACCCGAGCUAUGGUCCUGAGAAGAAGAUCGGUCACAGGCGUGUAGAUGCAUCUGGUGAGACAACCUACAAAAAGACGACCUCGUCUGCCCUGAAAGGAGCCAUUCAGCUUGGGAUCGGCUACACCGUUGGUAACCUGAGCUCUAAACCCGAGAGAGAUGUGCUCAUGCAAGACUUCUACGUGGUGGAGAGCAUUUUCUUCCCGAGUGAGGGCAGUAAUUUGACACCAGCGCAUCACUAUCCAGACUUCCGGUUUAAAACGUAUGCUCCUGUGGCAUUCCGCUACUUCAGAGAGCUCUUCGGGAUUCGACCUGAUGACUAUCUGUAUUCACUCUGUAAUGAGCCCUUGAUCGAGCUGUCGAACCCUGGGGCCAGUGGCUCUAUUUUCUACGUCACUCGUGAUGAUGAGUUCAUCCUCAAAACCGUCUUGCACAAAGAGGCUGAAUUUCUGCAGAAGCUGCUGCCUGGAUACUACAUGAACCUGAACCAGAACCCUCGUACGCUGCUGCCUAAGUUCUUCGGUCUGUACUGCGUUCAGUCGGGCGGGAAGAACAUUCGUAUCGUGGUGAUGAAUAAUGUUCUGCCACGCGUGUUCCGCAUGCAUCUCAAGUUUGACCUCAAGGGCUCCACGUACAAGCGCCGAGCGUCCAAGAAAGAGCGUGAGAAAUCCAAGCCCACCUUCAAAGACCUGGACUUCAUGCAGGACGUCCCGGAUGGACUUCAGCUGGAUGUGGACACACACAACGCUCUGGUCAAAACACUACAGAGAGACUGUCUGGUGUUGGAGAGUUUUAAGAUCAUGGACUACAGUUUGUUGUUGGGGGUUCAUAAUGUGGAUCAGGCGGAGCGCGAGCAGCAGAUGGAGGGAUCGCAGGGCAGCAGUGACGAGAAGAGACCCACCACUCAGAGAGCACUCUACUCCACCGCCAUGGAGUCCAUUCAGGGAGGAGCUUCCUGCAGAGACUCUAUAGACACUGAAGACACAAUGGGAGGAAUCCCUGCCGUCAGUGGUAAAGGAGAGAGACUCCUGCUUUUCAUCGGCAUCAUAGACAUCUUGCAGUCCUACAGACUCAUUAAGAAGUUGGAGCACACGUGGAAGGCUUUGGUACAUGAUGGGGACACUGUGUCCGUCCACAGGCCGAACUUCUACGCUGACCGAUUCUUCAGAUUCAUGAGCAGUAAUGUGUUUAAGAAAAGCACUUCACUCAAGGCUUCUCCUGCCAAGAAGGGGCGGGUGGCCCUCAAUGUGCCCAAAUUCAGCGGCCCUGGGGCGGCCUGGUCUGCCUGUCAGCUGCCAUCAGAGAGAGACAAGAACAUCUAUGAUCUGAGAGGAGCUCACAGUUUCCCCGUGCUCGAGAACGAUGGCCUGCAGUCCUGCACUCCACCGUCAUUUGAGGACGCGACUACAGCGUCCGCGGCCACGACUCUGUCCUCAAACACAUCUAUAUCGAUCCCCGAACGCUCCCCGUCGGACACUACAGAACACCCGCGCUAUAGGAGGCAAACACUGUCUUUGAAAGACGCUGAGGGAAGGAUACAGGAAGUGGUGGAUGUACACGAGGAAGACCAGCAGACGAUCACUGUCCAGGUGGAGGUGAAGAGAGAGAGAGAAGAGGAGAGAAUUGAACCAGAUGUCUCUCUGACUCACACAACUCCAGAAAACAAAGUGGCAAAAGAAGAUGAGGUUCUUACUCAAGUGAGCGAGACUGUCGUUAUUGAUGAUGUUCUAGAAACAACUGCACCAUCAGCAUCAGUUACCCAGGAAACUGUCUCCCAGGCAACAUUUCCUGAUGACACAAUCAUGCAGCCAACAGUUCCACAGGAAUCAGCUUCUCUGACCGAUGCUGGGGCCCUCAAAACAGCUCAGACCCCUGAAACAGUGGAGCAGUCCUGUUCCAGUCCAAACACACAGGGUCCUGACCCGAACAGACAGAUGUCAGAGUCACAGAGCCGAACAUCGCUGGAGGAAGAGAUCGGACUAACCACUGACAUCUACUUUUAAACUGGAUGUAUAGUAGAUGUUUGCAAUAGGUGACGUGAUGGCACUCGUGUGAGGUCAUCUCUCCUCUGACACUGAAGCGGUUGUGCUGGUGACGAUUUCCAGGAUGGAUUCUGCUCUUCUGAGCUAGAUGAAGACAGAAACUGAAGAAGCUUCCAGAUAAAUUGUAUUCCUUUUCCACUCGGGCCUCAUUUCCUACUGACGUCCUAAAUCAAUGUUUUCCCUCUGAAAAUCCAGCAUGUGUGUUUAUUUAUCAAAACAUCUGAAGGUGAGGACAAUUUCUCACAAGUGCAGCUGUCACGCAUGUGCGCCUUCCUGAAAUACGUUGCAUCAUUUUGCAUCGUACGUGCGGAGGCUGCCGUCCUCUCGCAGUGUGGACGACCCCAAAUUCACUGACAACCAUUCCUCAUAACAAUGCAAAUGUUCCUGAACUGUUCGUUGUUUUGACAAUCCUGGAAUCUGUGCUGUCAGUAAUAUAGAGCUGUUCAUUAUGCAAAUAUUACUUUUCUCCUGCAAGUCGUACACACACAGGAUGUAUUUUAUUUUUUUGUACAUCAGAGAUGUUCGAAGUGAAAUACAGUUUGUGCAAUUAAAUGACGCUGUAAAAACUGAAUAAGAAGCAAUGUGCAAAAGUGACUUUGUGGUCUUACGGAAGCCUUGUGUAAUUAGGCUUGUUAAAGGAAUAUUCCUAAUUUAAUACAAGUUAAGCUCAAUCGGCAGCAUUUGUGGCAUAAUGUUGAUUACCACAAAAAGUUAUUUCGAUUCGUCCCUCCUUUUCUUUAAAAAAAAAAAGCAAAAAUGGAGGUUACAGUGAGGCACUUACAAUGGAAGUGAAUGGGGCCAAUUUUUGGAGGGUUUUAAUGCAGAAUUGUGAAGUUUAUAAUUUUAUAAAAGCACUUACAUUAAUCCUUCAGUUAAAACGUGUGUAUUAUUUGAGCUUUAAAGUUGUUUAUAUUGUCAUUUUACAGUCAUUUUAGGGUUUAGGGUUUGUUGACGUUACGUCAUCAUGGCCACGAAGUUGUAAAAUUGGCUAUAACUUUACACAGAUGCGGUUAGUAAGUGAUUUUAUCACAUUGAAAUCAUGUUAACACACGUAUUGUUUACGUCUUGCGUCUAUACUUUUGAAAAAGGGAGUAUUUUAACGUUUACGGAUUGGCCCCCAUUGACUUCCAUUGUAAGUGCCUCAUUAGAACCCAGAUUUUUGGCUUUUUUUAAAGAAAAGGACGGACGAGUCAAUAACAUUUUUGUGAUAAUCAAAAAUAUGCCACAAAUGCUGUCGAUUGAGCUUAACUUGUAUUGAACCCAGAAUAUUUCUUUAAGGGUUAAGUCCAUCAGACACAAUCAGAUGUGUUUCUUAAGGUGCUGUUUACAAAGGACGUGUUCUUGCGUUCAAAAACGUCUGGGGUCUUGUGAUGGGUUUAAUUACGUUUUAAACUGUGAGGUGCUAAUUAAACAGCAAGAUGCAGUGCAGUGGCCAAAGUCGUCAACGUGAUACUGUACAUUGACCAACUAGUAAAAAUGUUUGAAAUCAGAAAGUAAAUGCCUGAAAAAUUGCUUGUCGAAAGUGGUGGAUUUGUUACAAAAAUGCCGCUUUACUGGCUAUUACAACGGUGCUUUAAAAGUGAUACAUUUGGGAGUUUUAACAUGCUGACAGUCCAACAAUAACUGUUGAGGCUGGGGUGUAUGUAGUUUCUCCGCGUGUCGUUCCAUCUCGCGUGCGGUCGGACGCUCAGCCUCUUGAUCGGGAGCCUGUAUGGAUGCGUUCAACAUGCUGAAGCCCUCUCAGAGAAAUUGUGUCUCUUAAUUCUACUUGAUUUACUUGGGGGUUGUAACUUUUCACUCUGAAGUGUUCAGUGGGGUGGGGUCCCCUUUAAGCAUUUUGCCCCUUCAGUACGGGACACAAAGCUUUCAAAAUAGGAUAUUUCGCCAUCCGACUGUGGGCAGCAAACCGAAUCUACUUUAAAGCUUCAGAAAGAAAAAAAUCACAUCACUAAUUGACUAGUCAGCUGUGGGAUGACUAGUUGACCAUCUUAACCCAUCCUUACCUGAGGACACUGUGGUGGUAAAAGUGGGUUCAGUGUUUUACAUCACAUGCUGACCUCAUCAAACUGUUUCAUGGCCACUGAAAUGAAUAAAAAUAUAUUCAAACAAGGCUGGAACUUAUGUAUGAAUCAGUGAAUUGUGUAAAAGUCAUGUCUUUUUCUAUCAGUCAUGUAAUAAUUUGUCGGUCAAACGUGCUACUUUUUGUAAAUAUUCUCUGCAUUUUAUUCAUAUAGAUCAGAGUUGGUCUAUACAGGGGUUUUCCAGCUGGGGUCCGAGGACCCCCAGGGGACUGCUAGGGGGUCUGCAAACAGUUUUGGAGAAAAAUAAGUGUAAAAAUGUUGACAUAAUUACCAUUUCAUUCUGAAAUCAUUAGAUUCAUCAUGAUUAUUUUAUAGUAUUAACAGCCAUAGUAAGAAAUAAAAGCAGAAAUAUAAAUAAAUCGGCAUAUAAUUUCAAAUAUUAUGAAAUAAAGAAUAUUAUUUGUAAGAAAUAAGAGUUGAAAUUCACUAUUCUCUGUAAAGCUGCUUUGAAAUAAUAUUUAUUGUGUUAUUGUAUACUUUUACAAAUUUAUUUAUAUAGUGCUUUCACAAUAAAUAUAAAUAUUGAAAAAUAAAAUAUAAUUUUUAUUAUAUUAUAUUUUUUAAUUAAUUGAACUGAAAAUGUUUCUCUUUGCAUCACUCCAGCAUAACAAAGAUACACUGUCAAUAAGAAGUAAAUAUUAAUGAUAUAUACUGUAUAAAUAUAUCAUUUGUGAAUAUUAAAAUAAUAAUAAUAAUAUAUAUAAUAUAUAUAAUAUUUACUAAUUAUAUAUAUAUAUACAAUUAUUUAUUAUUUUAUUAUUAUUUAUCUAAUAUAUUAUUUAGCAAACAAUAAGUCUUUAUAAUAUCAUGUUUAUCACAUUCUCACACAAAGGGGGUGAUAAAAUUUGAGGGUCCUUGGCAUCAAAAAGUUUAAAAACCCCUGGCCUAUGAUACUGUUUUAUGUUAUAUUCAUCUGUGCAGACGUACUCAAUUCCCUCUUCCCAGGUCAACAAGAACUGCUGUAUAAAACCUCAUCUAAUAUUGUGAUGUAUUUUUUACACGAGCUCAAACUUUCACGUAAUUCGGCAGCCGUGACUUCUGUCUAUGCAGUGAUUGUGUGUUUUUGUCAAGGAGAGAAAGCAAUAGAGUGUGUGUCAAAUGUUUCUAAACACACGUUUGUGAAUGACUACUAAAUGAUCUGGUCUGAGGUUUAUUCAACUGUGACGGGUGACACACUGAUGCUGGAACAUUCGCCCCAAAAGUGUUUGAACACUUAAAAUCAUGCUUAAAUAUGUCUGAAUGUCAUUGCAUUAGAUAACUAUAUAUCAAAGCGAGUGUCAUUCGCACUCAAAUGAAAUGUUGUGAAAUUUGUUUUGCAUGAAAAGUGCGCUUGCCGUCUUUCUUUAAAAUAAAUGCCACUUGUUUUGAUUUUGUUAUCGAAUUCCAUGACAUUCAGACAUUUUUAAGGCCAAAUAUACUCUAAACAUUCCUCUUUUUUUUUUUUUUUUGAGCUGUUAUUGUGUACUCAGAGUAGCGCCUUAAAACAUUUUCAUUCUUUUUUUAAGCUUUGUUCCAUUCAAGGAACAGUUGUUGAAAUAAAAUCACGUUUUAUUUGUUAUCUUCUAUCUAUGUAACUUUAUGGACGUCAGUAUUGACUUAAUAGUUUUUAUAGUUUUUUUAUGUUUUUUGUUGUUAAUGCUGAAUUGAAUUGAGCUGUAUCUCAUAAUCGUGUUGAUCAAUGGUUAGAUCAUACUGUCUCUGGCUAAGUAUAAAAUCAUUAUACAGAAUAAAAUUGCCUUAUUUGGAUAGUGACAUUUUUUAUCAAUUUAAUCGUGAAUAUGAUCACAAAGUCUGUCACCAUAAUCAGUCAGUCAUUUUUCAUAGGACGAGUCUUUGUAGUAUAAUGUACAAUAUGUUUUAAAUGGUAAUGAUGAUGUAAUAUAUGUGUGUUGUAAUAUGAGGUUUAUUUCUGGUCUGCAUGUGAAUCUCACACUAACAUGUCCAUGUCAUAUUUCAACUCAAAAUGAACUCAACUUCUAUCAAAAUUAAGAAUAUGAAACUUAUGUUUAGGAUACUAAGAUUUUUUGAAUCGUGACAUUAUUUUCAUGACUGUUAACACAUUUAACGUCGCAAUUCUCAUUAUUGUAAUGCGAUCAGGCAUAUUUCGUUUUACUUUUUUUUAUUUAUGGAAUUCUUAUUAUUUUCAUUGGUGAGUCACAAUACUUUUUCUGUGUAUAUUAAAAAUGAUAAUGCAACAAUUUUUUUAUUUACUUAAAUCAACAUAAAUUAAAGGCAACACAACAAAAAGUACCAUGAUGUAAAAAUUGCUAUUUAACAAUCUAAAUAUAUGUGACGCUCCUGUUCUACCCGCUCCGUACGGGACUCGAACUGGUGCGCGAUUAAUGAGGCUGAAGGCUACGCCUUUGAUACCUCAAGAAGUUGGUUGAGAAAAUGUCAAGAGUACAUGUCUGCAAAUUCUAGGCAAAGGGCGACUACUUUGAAGAUGCUCAAAUAUAACACAGUUUUGAUUUAUUUUUGAUUUUGUUUAGUCACAUCAUAAUUCCCAUAGUUCCAUUUAUGUCAUUCCAUAGUUGUGAUGACUUUACUAUUAUUCUAAAAUGUGAAAAGAAAUUAUAAUAAAGAAUGAGGAAGUGUUUCAAAACUUUUGACCGGUAGUAUAUAUAUAUACAGUAUAUAUAGUUGUAUUUUUAUUAUUAUAUUUAUUAUGAGAACUACAUUUUUGCAUGACAGUAAUGAGAAUUUGUGGAGAAAUGUUUAAUUGUCAUGAAAAUGUUUGAGUAUAUAAUCUAAAAGCAAAAGUGUGUGUGUGUGUUUAUACAGCUGAGUGUGAGACUGUUUGUGUGUAAGUGCGUAUUUCUUUGUUUAUUUGUUUCAAAACGAUCUGUGUUGUACUUUUUGGUGUCAUUUCCAAAGGUCUUUUUCAUGAAACUUGUGACUGCAUGUGUACAAUACUAAGAAACUUUGCUGAAGUAUCUGUAAUUGUCAAUGUCCAUCUCUAAACGAAUUCAUCUGUUUGUACAGAUCAUUAACUGGUAAUGGUGUAAAAAUUGAAACAACAAAUAAAAGCCAGUAUGGGAAAUAGA